AUGGCGGCUCCUGUCUUUCUCCAACCAGUAUUUGGAUGGUCUUUUACCAUGUAUGAUACCGAGGAUUGCAGCAACUCGUCAAACUCGAACGCAGUCGCAGAUAGAGUGGAACGACAAGGCGACGUCGAUUGCGACCCUGUCCCGAAUGCGAAUCUGCAUAAGUCGGUAAUAGGUGGAGUUCCGGCUGGGAGCGAGUGUCGUAUCUCGUUCUAUCCUCACCAAGGCUGCAACGAUAGGGUCGCGUUCAGUCUGACACAAGACACCACGUCUUGUCUCUCCAUCGCGGACUUUGUUGAACCACUCGCAUAUUAUGGCGCUACGGACUGCGCGUCAUGA